CUUAAGUCUGUGUGUUUUCAUUUGUCUGUGAUGUAGAACUGUGAGGAUGGGUACAAAAGUGAAAAUUUUAAAUUCGGAAAAGUCAAAAUACCGACCUUCUAGGCCAUUUGAUUACAUUUAUGAUCCAGAUUAUGUAGUUUCAGGCCACUGUGAUUUUCAGAAAUGUAUUGCAGAGUCUUUUAAAACGCAGGCAGAAUUUGAACUGUGUCCAUUGUAUACAACAAUGUUUAGUGAUGCAUACUCCAGGAACAUGAUGGUACUCAAGCAGCUGAACCACUUACCACCAUGGUUUGACAGAUGUUGGGAGCAUCAUCACAGAGCAGUAACAAAGACUAGAAAGAAACCAUUGGAUGUUGAUGGGGUGGACAGGUAUCACUUCUUUUCUCGGCCAUUAGAUCCAAUCCUGCAACCAGCAGAAACAAUUAUGACAUUCAGCUCUGUGGUCACAGAAGGAGGAAGGGAAUCAUUUGAAGAGUCUGUACCAGGCAUACAAAACCGCAGCACACAGACAGACUACAGAGAGUCUGAAACUCAGACAACACCCUGGGCACCACCUGUGUUUACCCACUGUACCUCAACACCUGAGGUGUUGACUCUUGCUAACUUAUCGUGGGAUCAUGGGUUGCCAGCAGGGAUGCAUGAGGUGGAGACGAUAGAACACACUCGCAUAAAGAGGGCUUGGGAAAAUGCUAUGCCUGCUUCAUGGGAUCCUAAGUACAUUAAGAAGAUGAUUAAUAUCAUAGAUGCUAUGGACAGGGAUGAAUGGCUGUUCCGUGAAAAGGAAAUACAGACAAUUCAUAAUAUGCGUUUAGAUCUGGCUUGGCAACUUAUUCAAAAGUCCCAGCUUGAAGAGGCACACAAACUGAAUAUUCGCUUGCAGCACUAUUGGAUAGCGAAGCAACAGGAGAAGACCAUAAAAAUACAGAAGAUAAGGCUUGAUCAUAACAGAGAGCUGCGCAAACUGUUACUCAGACACAAAGGCAUUGACAUGAAGUAUCAUAAGGGAAGUAUUGUGGAGAAAUACAGAGACCAUAAAUCUGAACUGUAUGGCCCACAGAUGCGUUCUGGAGAGCAUCCCAAACAUUGCCAUGAGCUGAUCAGUGUACACAGCAGAUUUUUGACACAUCCCAAAGGUCUAGAGAUCCUCGAGACAAUGUCCAAUUUGCCACAACCAUCACACCACAUGAGAAAACCUGCAGUCCAGAACUAUGAAUUGUGUGCCCGUGAGACACGCUGGACAGAGGCUGUUCUCCAGCAACUGCAUCAAGACUUGAAAGAUAUUCAUAUGAAGGGAGUUGGAGAAUCUCAGCACAUGGAAUUUACACUGAUCCCCAUACCAAAAGCUCCAGGUACAGGAAGUAUGUCAGACUCAGAAGAGGAAGUGUAUCUUACCACAGAAUAUAAUCAAGGGGCAUGCAAUUCAGACACUGGUACAUAUUGUUGUUACAUUAUUCUUUGCAUACUUAGUUAAUUUUUUUUAUAAAUUAUUUGUAAGCUGACAUUUUUAGUGUUACAUCAAACAAGUAUAAAUAUAACUACACCGGCUGUAAGUAACACUGAUUACAAGGUAAGAAAUGCAAAUGUGGUAUUGUAUGAAAUUUUGAGAUUAUGUCCCACAGACAAAAGUCGGUAUUUAAGUAACAAGUUAUUCCAAGAAAGAAAAUUUAGCUGUUACAUCUUGUUACCAUCACCACUC